CUGGGUCAGCAGUCCAGGAAAAUCCCAGCCCUUGCAUACUUAGCCUCCCAUACCCAUCUACUUACCCACCCUGACACACUCAAACCUCCCUGACCCACCUUGAGCACUCACCAUUGCGCACUCCCUGGCACAUUUCUUCCACCUUCAGUUUCUGCCACCUCUUCCUGGGCAAUAUUGCCAGCCUUGCCCUAUCAUUCACCCCAAACCAUGGCCCUGGGGCCACUGAAAUUCCAGGCAGUAGGCGAAGAAGAGGAGGAUGAGGAACAAGAGAGCCUGGACUCUGUAAAGGCACUGACUGCCAAGCUGCAGCUGCAGACUCGGCGGCCUUCAUACCUGGAGUGGACAGCCCGAGUCCAGAGCCAGGCCUGGCGCAGGUCCCAAGCCAGACCUGGGCCGGGGGGACCCGGGGCCAUCUGCGGUUUCGACUCAAUCGACUCUGCCCUUGAGUGGCUCCGUCGGGAGCUGCGGGAGAUGCAGGCACAGGACCGACAGCUGGCAGGGCAGCUGCUACGGCUGCGGGCCCAGCUGCACCGGCUGAAGGUGGACCAAGCCUGUCACCUGCACCAAGAGCUGCUGAACGAGGCCGAGCUGGAGCUGGAGCUGGAACCCGGGGCCGGCAUGGCCCUCGCCCCGCCGCUGCGGCACCUGGGCCUCACGCGCAUGAACAUCAGCUCCCGGCGCUUCACCCUCUGCUGAGGGGCACCCGCUACCCCAGCCCAUCUGGGAAGAAGCCCACCUGGGAAGGAGGAAGGGAGGGGUGCCCAGAGGAGCCAGCACCUGGGGAGGGGUGGGGGAGGGGUGGGGGCACAGGCAGCCCUCUGGGAGCAUAAAGCCCCAGCAUCCUGUUGCCCUUGCUGCCCUAGAUGGAGGGUAAUGCAGCUAGGAGGAAGGGGAGGAGCUCACAGACUCCCAGGCUCCCCCAAUAAACGCCCUGCUUCCUAUCAA